AUGGCGCAUCGCCUGGUUCUCCCCCUGCCUCCGGCUUUCGCCGCGGCGGGUGGCGGCACAGAUGAGGGGUACAGCGUCUUCGCGUACAACCCCGUCGGCGACGACGGCGUCUGCGUGGGUGCGCAGCAGCAGCUGCAGGCGUACAUUGAUCGUCUGGGCGAAUUUCUCCACAGAACACGCCUCAUUCAGUACCACCCGGAGGACUUCUUCCGCUUCCUCCUCGGCAUGAGCGACGACGCGGGCGAUGGCUCAAGCGCCGUGCUGUCACACCUUGAUGGCAGUGCUGUGCGCGAGGAGGAAGUGCGGUACAUGCGAGAGCUGUGCGAGGCCUUCGCCGCCUUGGUGCCGAGCGAUGACGCGUUUAUUAAGCAGAUGCACCGUGUCAUACGAGAGGGGCCGCCUGCAGGGGCGGCGGCGUGCCUGCAGUCCUUCUUCGCCGAGACCAAGGCGCUGCAGUUGAACCGCCGCAGACGCAGGGAGAACGACGCGGCGCGUCUGACGCUGCGAACGGAGGACGACGCCGCACUACCGCAACGCGACGCUGCACAGCAGCAACGGUGCAAGCGUGUGAUGGCGGCAGUGCUCGGCUACGGCAUGGGGCCGAAGAAGCAGCACGAGGUGGUCGUGAUGCGCGACACCACCAUGGAUCUCGUCGAUUGCUGCAACACCGCGGCGGAGUGUGGAACUUCGCUGUUGGAGCCGGUGGAGACGGUGGUGAAUGUGGGCGAGGGCAAGGGCUAUGUGUCGCGCGCGCUCGCGCUGUGCGACGGGCUGCAGGUGAUUGGCCUCGACUGUAAUCCGUCGCACAAGGAGCGGGUGGUGGAGCGCGUCGAGUUUCUCUUGCAGGGGCGACUCGGUGUGGACACAGCCCAGCAAGAGCUGACUGGCCGUGACAUGCUCAACUUGUUGUACGAGCCGCGCGGGCACAUGGCGACGAUUGCGUGCCGUGUGGGGCUGCACAUGAAUUGGGCGGAUGUGCUGCGCGGCCACGUCCGCAUCUGCGACGCGGCAUCGCCAUUCGAUGGCGUUGUGCCGAUUAGUCCAGAAGCAAUGCAGGAUGACGGCGAAGAUGCGGUGAAAGCGGUGGCGGCAGCAGAGGUGAAGGCGGAGGAGUUGACUGAUGUCACGGGAAAGGUACAGUGCCGCGUCUGCAGUCAAAUCAUACGUCGCAGUGGUGCCGCAUCUAUUGUGCGACACACACUGUGCCACCUUAACGCCGGCCACACGGCAGGAUGCACGGAGCUUCCGUCCAGAGAUGCCGUUGAUGAGUGGAACCGCAAUCUACCGGUCGAGGCGUUUGCCAACCGCAUCAUUGCCACGUUCUUCACGGACAAGGUGGUGUACGCGCGGAAGGAAGGCACCGACGCCGCCGCCUUAUCAGUGAAGCGGCCUCGCCGCGAAACGUCAGCAACCCGUUCGGGUGCCAACAAUGCACGCGAGAAGUUGCAGGACGUUCUCGACGCGUAUCGUCUUGCGUCAAACGUCCGGCUCCCACGUGGCAUGCGCGCCGAGGUGCUCCUACCUGUGCAGCAGCAGCAACAACAAGAAGAAGAGAGGGGUGGAGGAGAGGACACUGAUGCAGUGCCCGCUUUCGUCUACUCGUACACACCUGUGUGCCUCACCAUUGUCGGGUAUGACUGCGCCCCCAAUCGUCAUUUUGUCAUUCUGGAUGAUGGGAAGUUGAAGGAGGCCUGUGUAUUAGUACAACGAAGCGACGGAACUCGGCUGAAGAUGGAGAGUUCUCCAGAGGAACUCGAUAUUCCGCCUGCGAAGGAUGCCUGGUCGCUGAAGUUAGCGGUGCUGUUGCGUGUUUUGCCUCCUGCACCGCCGCGCACGCCUAUUGUGCGGGUUCCCGAGCUCCGCAAUACCGUCAUGAUUGGCCUCCAUCCAUGCGGCGACCUUGGCUCCAACGUCUGCCGUCUCUUCACAGAGAGUGCUUCACGUGGGUUGCUGCUUGUCAGUUGCUGCUGGCACGCCCUCACGAACGACGGCUUCCCACUUAGCCGUGAGCUGCAGCGGCGCGGGUGGAGGACAGAGCAGAUAUCUCUCCUCCUCGCCACGCAGCCGCUCGACAUGUGGGCUACCGCCUCGGCGGAAGGACACCGCGGCUCCGCCCGCCUAUUAUUCUACCGCAGCCUUCUAAAAGUAUUGUGGCACCGCCUACGGGAGCGGUGGCAGCAUGAGACGGUGGCGGCGGCAGGGUGCUGCCGCUUCGUCGAAGUGCCGCACUUGGAGCCGGCUUUUCUGCGCCGCAUCGCGAAGAUGAAGGACACCGUGACACUGGAGGAACUAUACUUGGAGGUGUGCCGUGAGUACUUCUUCGAGGCGACGGCGAAGCAGACACCUUAUACAUGGCAGCACCGCGUGUGCGUAUCGUGCCGUGCAUCCCAGGAGCGGUUCCUGGCGGCGCAUUCGAGUGUGUCUUUGGCGGCCGAAAUGGGGCGGGAGUAUUUCGCUGCGCAUUUCGCCUCCUUCCUUGGACUAACAGUGCUGCGCAUGUGGAUGAGUCAUCUUGUUGAGACACUGCUGCUGCUUGAUCGCGCCUUCUACCUUGCCGAGGAGCUGCGGCGGGAUGAGCGCUGCCGGGGAUCGGUGGUGUCGCUCGUGCCCCUCUUUGACGGCGCUGUCUCUCCGCGGAUGUACGGCAUCUUGGCCCGCCGCAUUCCUGUGAGCUAA